AUGCUUGAGAUACUAUCGUUAUACAAGGACAUUCCCACGUUCAAGGUGAAGUCGAGACACAGGACACAUGAACAGCAACAGAAUAAGCACUUUUCAACGUUCAGAUUGUUGAUCGAGUACUUGUUCAAGAAAGGCAGUCAGGAAACGGAUAUAAAUCAUCCUAUUCUCGUCAUACUUCCCUCCGAGAAGGAGAGUACACAACAGCAUAGUUCCAAGCACCACCACCACCAUCAUCAUCAUCAUCAUCAUCAUAAUAAUAAUAAUAAUAACAAUAAUAACAAUAAUAAACCUCACCACCAUCAUCAUCAGCUGACUUCUUAUACACUGUUGGAGCAGCUUCUGUUCAAAGACAAGGUUAUUUUACUAGACUACUUCUUUGGCCAUUUGAACAUCAUCAUCAUCCUGCAAGACUAUGGAGAUUACCCCACUUUACAGCACCAGCUCAACUCCAUCAUAAACAAACUAUAUCAUAGAAUAUCUCGCAUUGGAAUUUGGUCAGGCACAACAAUGGUCCAAAAUGCCUUUGACACUAAAAACAGAAUACCGACAAUGGCUGAGCUUUUGUACAAGAACAUUACUAGAUCACGCCAUUCUACUCAGCAUUUGCUUGAGUUGAAACGAUUGGUGUUGUCGGAAAUCGAUUUCUUCAGUUUGUUGUCGAAUACAAGUGAUGAGCAUUUGUCACAUCUCUGUUCAUGUGUGGGGAAUUGGGCGUUUCCAGCUCAUGAAUUGUCCAGUGAUGAUUUGGUUUACAGUGCUUAUUUAAUGAUUAACUAUGCAUUACAGCAAGUCAAGAAGCAACAGGAAAAGGAUUCAAAUUUUGCACUGGGAGUUCACUUCCCCGAUAGGAAUGAGUUGUUGGCCAUUAUUUUCAUUGUUAGAGAUACUUAUAGAUCAGGAAACCCCUUCCAUAAUUUCCGUCAUGCAGUUGAUGUGUUGCAAGCUUGUUUCCAUUUCCUUGUUAGAUUGGGAUGUUUGCCUCAAUUUAGGCAAUUUAUAGUCGACCCAUACCAGGAGGAUAAUUUGUCCUUGACAAGGAAUGAAGAGUGUGUGGAGUUGGUUGCCACUGACCGGGUAUUUAGUCUGGUUGAUUUGGCUCUGCUUUUGUCCGAAGCAGUGGGUGGCAGUAAUAAAGGUUCAACUCCAUCAUUGAGUAAGCUGGAGUCGUCAGAUUCGGAAGUCUCCGCUGCAUCCACAGUGAAACAGCCGUCAGCACCAAGUUUGAACUUGAUACAGACUUUGGGAUUACUAGUUGCUGCAUUAGGUCACGAUGUUGGCCAUCCAGGAACGACAAAUGCUUUCAUGAUCAAAAAUAGGACUCCCACAUCUUUAGUCUACAAUGACCGUUCGGUUUUGGAAUCUUAUCAUGCGUCGCUAUUUAUUAACAAGGUGCUCAACGUAUGUUGGCCAAGUUUGUUACAAAUCAAAAUUGACAAGGAUUCAUUGUUGAAUUUACAUGAUUUAAUUGUAUCCUCGAUUUUGGCUACUGAUAUGGGAGAGCAUUUCGAGUACAUGUCUAAAUUGAGAAACUUUAGCGCCUCCACCAAGGCAUCUACAAGCACUGGUGGUUAUAGCAGUACGGAAACCACAGAGCAACAUGAACCAAUGAGCAACGACAGUAAAAUUAAGUUGAUAUCCGCAUUGCUUAUUAAAUGUGCCGAUAUAUCCAACGUCACUCGACCUUUGCGUGUUUCCUCGCAAUGGGCCGUUGUUUUGCAACGUGAAUUUGAUGAAGUCAAUCAACUCGAUCAAUUGUUGGGUAAACAGCAACAGCGACAACUCGAGUCACAGCAACAACAACCGAACAAUGUUGAUGAUGAUGUUGACACAGAUGUGAGCACUGCAUCGUCAAUAUCCUCCUCAAUCGACUCACUUACCGAUGACGCACAAGGAGCAGAAUGGGUGUUUGAAUUAGAGGAUGAAAUUGAGUACGAUAAUUUGCCAUUUGAAUUGAAUGAGAUAUUACAUAACAAACCAAAUAUUCCACUGGGGCAGUUGUUUUUCAUUGGCACAUUUGCCGAAAACUUGUUUAACAAUAUUAGUCAAGUUUAUCCUAGUUUGAGCUAUACUUGUCAGAUCAUUAAUGAUAACAAGCAAUAUUGGAUAGAGAGAAAGAGCAGGCAAAGUUGA